AUGCCCGUCACCAACGAAGACAUCGCCACCCACCUCGAGGCCGCCUCGGCCUCCUACUCCUCCACCUUCGACAAAGGCCAUCUCGCCCUCCCGCCCGCAAAAAAGUAUCUCGUCCUGACCUGUAUGGACGCGCGGAUCGACCCUGCGAAAGCGUUCGGGAUCGAGUUGGGGGAUGCCCAUGUUAUUCGGAAUGCCGGCGCAUCAACCAAAGACGCCCUCCGCAGCAUCGUCAUCAGCCAGCAGCUGCUGGCCACAGAAGCCAUCGUCAUCGUCAAGCAUACCGGGUGCGGCAUGUUGACGUUUAAGAAUGAGGAUGCCUAUGGGGUUGUUGAGGGGAAUCUUGGUGUCGAAGCACGAAAGGAGCUUGAGGAAAGAAAGUUGGAUUUCCUUCCCUUCCCUGAGCUGAAGCAGGCUAUUCAGGACGAUAUCGACUUCCUUAGGGGGACCAAGUUGGUGAAGGAUGAGGUUCCUAUCAGCGGGUGGGUGUAUGAGGUCGAAACGGGGAAGACAGUAAGGGCUGUUUGA